CCGCUGGACCAUCACAGGAAGAGAGUGACAAGUCACUGUCCGCGGGCAGGCUGGUGUUGGGGUCGUGUUCUGUAGAGUACUCUUGCUGAAACUGAAGUCAGGACAAUGGAUGAACUAUCUACCCCUAUUGUCAUUGACAACGGUUCGAGCACAAGCAGGGCAGGGUUUGCCGGGGCCGCCCAGCCGUUGUGUGUCUUCCCGACCAUUGUUGGCAGACCCAGGGGACAGGGUGUGAUCGUCGGUGUGGGAAAGAAAGACAGCUACGUCGGUGACGAGGCUCAGACCAUAAAAGGUGUCCUCACCCUCAGGUACCCUAUUGAGCACGGUAUCGUCACCAACUGGGACGACAUGGAGAAGAUCUGGCAUCACACCUUCUACAACGAGCUUCGUGUGACUCCAGAGGAGCACCCCGUCCUCCUGACAGAGGCUCCCCUCAACCCCAAGGCCAACCGUGAAAAGAUGACCCAGAUCAUGUUCGAGACCUUCAACACUCCCGCUAUGUCUGUGGCCAUCCAGGCUGUUCUGACCCUGACUUCAUCUGGCCGUAAGACGGGUAUUGUUCUGGAUUCCGGUGAUGGUACAACACAUUUAAUUCCCAUGUAUGACGGGUAUUAUUUGCCACACGCUGUUUGUAAGACGACAGUAUCGGGACGAGAUUUAACAGAUUACCUGAUAAAACUGCUUAUCGAAAAAGGCGACGAUGUCAACUAUGCCGUCGUCAGGGACAUUAAAGAGACACUGUGCUACGUGGCCUAUGACUACAAACACGAGCUGAACACGAUGACCAAGUCAACCUUAGACAAAACCUAUGUACAGUUAGAUGGGGCCUUCAUCAAUGUGGGCGAGGAACGCUUCAAGUGCCCCGAGGGGAUAUUUAAUCCUCCAUUGCUGGGUGAGGAAAUGCCGGGUGUACAGGAUAUUUUGUGUCGUUCCAUACAGCUGUGUGAUAGCUCCAUUCGUGAUCAGCUGUAUGACAAUAUCGUCUUGUGUGGGGGGUCGACACUUUUCCCAGGAUUCUCUGACCGCCUCCGGAAAGAGGUAGAAAUGUUAGCACCUGCUGGAACUUCCGUCAACGUGAGAGCACCUCCGCAUGGAAUCUUGUCAGCAUGGGUGGGGGGCUCUAUGAGGGCGGCCCUGCCCUCUUUCAUGAAUGCUGUGAUGACGAAGGAUAUGUACGAUGAAUAUGGACCAUCUCUAGUUCAUCGUUGUUGUUUUUGAACAGGCUGUGACUAUGACAAUUAUGUACGAAGCUUAAUUCUUCUGUAAUGUUAUUUUAUACCGAAUAUGUGAGAUGGAUAUAUAGUGUGUUAUCUUAAUUGUUUUCGAUAGGGCACUUGUAUGUGAGAACUAGGUUCGAAUCUCAGAUUCGCCAUAGGUUUACAUCACAAUGUUAUGGAUCAAGCAGUAGCAACUACUCACAUCACUUCGGGGCUAUUUUCCUCUGCUAAGCUGACUCGUGAUCUGUGAUAUUGAACGUUUAACCAAAAUCAUUCACUUAUUUGAACCUAGGACUGUGUUUCCCGUAGCAAAUCCCGAACCUAACUAUUGUUUUAUAACUGCCUUUUUUGUUGGCUGAUGUGAAGGUCCACGUAUUAUGUGGCAGUUAUUCACAUGUAACAAUGUUCCAAGUGUAAUAUAUUAUGCCUUAUUCUUAGCUUCUUCUAGAAUCAUUAGGCUAAGAGAGAAAUUGUGUAAUUUUCUAGCAUCAUGUUCGAAGGUAUAUAAGGGGAGUUAACCCUUGCCGCUCAUCCCACAUUACCUCUGACGUUACAAGAAGUCCAGCAUUGUAUGUUAUAAUUGUUAUACCCUAGAUUACUAUACAUAGUUGUCAGUAGGGUUCCUGAUGCUGAAGGGUGAAGAUUACCAUCACUGUCAUUAUUCCUAUAAUCACUGCUGCAACAUAUGUUAUAUUUGGAAUCACACCGUCUCAAUAAAGUGCAGAUUCUAGUACAUUUUUGCAAUAAAUCCCACCCGGGAUUCGACCCCACUCUCUCAGAGUAAGGCACCUAGUCGCCAGCACACACAGUCAGCGAUCUAACCCACUCAGCCAACGAUGCUUUUUAAUUGGCACUGUGUAUUCAUAGAUUCGGCAGUGGGAGCCAUGGCAAUUUGGACCAUCAGUAUUAAAUUUCUUCUCAUAGUUGGUGAAUUUCUUCUCAUUCAGAAAGCCACAUACUUAGAUUCCAGCAUGGUAAAAAACCCUCACAUAUUAAGAAAGUACUUUAAUC